AUCCGCGCGAGCUACCUACACCUACAUCUAAACCCUAGUAUCGUGCCUUUUAUCUCUGAUCAAAGCUCUUGCACUUCUACAUCUGAUUAUCUCGCUGGAAUUGGCGACACAUUCUCAAAAUCCCAUACCGGGAAACUCAUCAUCGCCGUACCGAGCACCUUAGCCUGGUUCGACGGUCACGUCCAAGGGUAUUUUUGGUUACUUUGUGGAGUGACCUAGACUCUGUUGACUCCUGGCACCAAGCCAGGCCAAGGAAAAAUCGGAUCCAACCAAAAGAGCCAAGAGUCACCACCACAGGCUGCCGCUCAAAAGGGCAGGACAUCAUCACGGCAGAAGGGACAGUCGCCGCCAACUUGAGCUACCUGCCUACAUACCUAGGUACGUAAGGUAGGCAAGUAGUGUGGUCCCGUCAUCCAGCAAGCAGACUCAUCCAGACCUGCCCAUGAACCCUAGAGGUACCUGUACGCACCUACGCGGAUAGCCCACCCUAGGUAGAUCAUACUAAAUACCUACCUACCUUGGACAGAAAGAGCUAUCUGAGCUAGCGUGGAGUAACAGCUCCCAACCCGGCAGCUACUACUCAGCAGUUAGUCUCCGUUAUCGAUUGCUCGUAGCACUCCAAUCCACAAUCCACCAGCCCACCUACACCUGUCAACCCGGACGGGCACACUGCCUCUGCCUGGGUGCACAUCCAUCCUCCCUCCGGCCAGAGAACCCAACCUUGCCAACAAUCUGCUGCAAUCCACUCCCGAACAGCAAACCACCACUUGCACCUCCACCGUCCCCUUUCUCGACUCGAAAGCACGAUCAAAGUUCCCUCUGUCUGUCACGAGCCUCGUCGCCGACUAUUCCACUACCACACCCACUCCCACACCACCACCAACAACAACCCACACAGACAUCAUCAUGGGCCAGACGCUUUCUGAGCCCGUCGUCGAAAAGGCGUCGGCAACUGGCGGGGAUGAGCGGCUCAUCUACGGCGUGUCGGCCAUGCAGGGCUGGCGUAUCAGCAUGGAGGAUGCGCACACGACAGUCCUCGACCUACUAGCCAACAACCCCAAGGAGGCCAAGGACCACAGUCAAAAGCUCUCCUUCUUCGGCGUUUUUGACGGCCACGGCGGCGACAAGGUAGCAUUAUUCGCGGGCGCCAACAUCCACGACAUCAUUGCGAAGCAGGACACAUUUAAGACCGGCAACUACGAGCAGGCCCUCAAGGACGGCUUUUUGGCAACUGACCGGGCAAUUCUAAAUGAUCCCAAAUACGAGGAGGAGGUUUCUGGGUGCACCGCAUGCGUCGGUCUUAUUACCGAUGAAAAAAUCUUUGUGGCCAACGCUGGCGAUUCGAGAUCCGUACUGGGCGUAAAGGGCCGCGCGAAACCUUUGUCUUUCGACCACAAGCCCCAGAAUGAAGGCGAGAAGGCUCGUAUCACUGCUGCUGGCGGUUUCGUCGACUUUGGUCGCGUGAACGGAAAUUUGGCUCUCUCGAGAGCUAUUGGCGAUUUUGAGUUCAAGAAGAGCGCCGAGCUGGCACCCGAGCAGCAGAUCGUUACCGCAUACCCCGAUGUUAUGGUCCACGACUUGGCCGACGAUGACGAGUUCCUCGUACUUGCUUGCGACGGUAUCUGGGAUUGCCAGUCUUCCCAAGCGGUUGUCGAGUUCGUCAGGCGAGGCAUUGCCGCCAAGCAGGAUUUGGACAAGAUCUGUGAAAACAUGAUGGACAACUGCCUGGCCUCCAACUCGGAGACGGGCGGCGUUGGUUGCGACAACAUGACCAUGAUCAUUGUUGGUUUCCUCAGGGGACGGACUAAGGAGGAGUGGUAUGAGGAAAUUGCCAAGCGCGUCGCCAACGGUGACGGUCCUUGCGCUCCUCCCGAAUAUGGUAGGGAAACAACAUCCCCCUGACCGCCUUUCAUCACUACACAAACUUCACCAUAUCAUACCUUCCCCGUAUUUCCCCAUAUAUCCCUCUUUAACCACACGUGUACUUCAUAUAACCCAGCUCGUUCUCAUUAGCACAUACGCUCUACUUCUUGGCUACUUUAUGAGCUUGACACUAAUUCCAUAUCUGUUUUUCCCCGCAAAUUAUAGCUGAGUUCCGCGGUCCUGGUGUGCAUCACAACUUUGAUGAUAGUGACAGCGGGUAUGAUCUCGAGGACAACGGAAACAAGGGCAAGCCCUUUGGCAUGGGCGGCUACAAGGGCCGCAUCAUCUUCCUCGGCGACGGAACCGAGGUGCUGACCGACGCCGACGACACUGAAAUGUUUGAUAACGUGGAUGAGGACAAGGAUCUCGCCAGCCAAGUCUCCAAAUCACCCUCAAGCAUAACAACGAACGACCAGGACCAGAAGGAGCAGGCCGCCGUUGCUGCGGCGGCGGCGGACAACAGCACACAAAACGCCAAGAAGGAGGAGACAAGCUCGCCGGCUAAGGCUUAGUUGGGAUCAAUAGCGAGCGGCAGCAGCAGUGAAGGGGUGAUCAAUUAUCUUCGGGGUUGUAUUCCCAGUUGAUUGAUGGCAUCUUUGAUGAAGUUUGAUAUAGCAGGCGCACUUGCACUGCGCUGCACGGGAGCGGAUCGGAAUCGGGACUUUGGGAUGAACAAACGUGUUAUGAUGAAGUUGGUGUUGUUGCUGUUGUUGAAGUUUUGUUGUCAAGAGAUUCUCAUGAAUGAAAGUUAGUAGUAUACUGUUUAUGGAAGUAUGGGAUUUUUUUUUUUUUUUUCUUGCACGAAGGGCGGUGGUGAACAGGGUCAGUCAAGAGGGGGGAGGCGAAGUAUAAGAGGGGAAAGAAAGAUGUAUUCGUCGGUUGGUUGGUUGGUUGUUGUUGCUUCACUAAGGGAACGAUGGAGAUACCAAAGUCAAGCAAGUCAAGUUAAGCAAAGAUGAAGAUGAUGGCUUUUUUUUUAUAUCGCGAUUACGCACCUAACCAACCCCCUGUAGACUUUGUACCCUGUG